AUGCCAAUUACUCAACUUCCGCCUGAAGUUCUUAGUUCAAUUGCAGAAUUCCUUUCUAAAAAAGAUUUACUGCAAGGUUCACUUGUUUGCAAGAAAUGGCGACGACUUUUUUAUGAAAAGCUUUGGCAAGACAUCUCUAUAUUUGAUGAAAAGGCAUCUAAUGCAGUUUACAAUAUAUCCCCUGAAAACAAAUAUUUGAUCUAUGGUCAGCAUGUCAGAAACAUAUACAUUAGUAACGAAUAUCCUGUCAGCAGCAAAAAUAUCUUGGUUCUUCAACAACUUUUUCCAAACACUCGGAAACUUAGUAUAACGUUAUCCUAUCCAGAGAUGAUAUAUACAGACACAGACACAAACUGUAGUGUGUGGAGGUCAAUGGAUAAUCUCAGCAUAAACUUUGGUGAUUACAUCAAUAGUACCUUGAUAAAACCGUGCUCUGGAAUAUUAUCACAGUUCGCCUAUGUGACAACACUUGAUUUGAGCUUUAGCGAUGCAUACACAUCUGGAAUCGGGGACUUUGAAGGUAUUCACUAUUAUCUGCCACGCCUAAAACACUUUUCAACCAAAGUUAAGUUGGCCAGGAUUACUGAAGAAGACAUGAACCAUAUAAACGAGAGAGUCCCAGCUUAUGAUUUGACGAAUAUUUCAUUAUCAAUGUACAUGGAAGACUUACAGUGGCUUUAUUACUUUGCUGUAAAAUAUACAAAUGUCCGUACAUUGUCGUUAUGCCCUAUAUUUGAAAGCGGCCCUUUGAGAGACUACAACCUAGGACUAACCAGAUCAAAACUAUCAAUGCUUCCUCACGUAUUCUCAAACCUGAACAAACUGGUCAUAAGAGAUGUUGGAUAUACUAGCAUGCUUUCCCUCCCAUUAUAUGAGUGCCUUUACAAUGGAAUAACACUGAUCAAAGAAUGGAAAUAUGAUUACUACAUUCAGACGGAUGAAGACCAAAGACUCGAGAGAACCACUGCAGAAAUUAUGCGCAUAUGCUCCAAAACCAUCGAGUCAAUAAUAUUUGAAUAUACGGAUCCUAUCGACUCACCCGCGCCUCACGAUAUAUCCAAGUCAUUCACAGAUUGUCCCCGAUUAGUUCUUAUUAACAUAUUUAACUGCGGUUCAUGUUUACAAUUCGAUAUUAUUGCAGACUGCUGUCCUUCUUUAAAGGAACUCCGGUUAUUUGGUGGAGGUGUUUAUAUUGGUUCCGAGGCAAUGAAAUCGUUCAAGCCACAUGGACUGCGGGUACUUAAUCUAAAUGCUUCUUCCAUUGAUCCUGAUACAUUGAAAUACAUAUCUGUCCGAUGUGAAUCUCUAAGCCACGUGUGGUUGAGAAGAUUGUCAGUAUUCGGAACUAUUUCUGCAGACACAGGAACUCUUUUGGUCGAUAUGUCCAGCGCCAAACUUACGGAACUGCGAAUUGGCUGUUUAUUUUACAGAACUCCUGCUGAAAUAGGAUCGUGGGAUCCGACCACAGAAAUCGAUUUUAUGAAACUGAUACGAGCUGUUAGACCGCAUCAUCAAAUGAUCGAGAGUAAUGAAAGAAUUGAUCAAUCUUUUCCCAGAAAUGUAGUCAAAUAUGAGACUGAAACUACUUGGUAUAACCUAUUCAACCGCACAGACAUGCCAUCAUCUGUAAACCUUGACAUUUUAAAGAAGCCUGUGGUAGACUAUAUAGAAGAAUACUUUGAGAAUUAUCGAGACAAUAUGAUUUCUGGUAAAAUUCAGGGUAUUCGUAUUUCUGGUAAAACAGCGGGUAUCUGUGUUCCUGGAGAAGAGGAACUUCCUCAAGAAUAUGAUUUGGAUCUUAGCCGAGGAUAUGUGAAAUUUAUGUGUGGAUAUGUAGAACACUGUUAUAUUCAUACAAUGCCUAAAAGAUGUUGGGCUGAUUUCUAUUGGGACCCUAUAAAAAAUAAAGUAUGUAGUAGAUGAACUAUUUUCCUGAUAAAUUGAACAAUCUUUUUUUUUUACAUUAAUAGUAUAAAACAUAAUAUUUAAACAGAAAUAUAGUAAUUGUUACGUACUUUUGUGUGUGUAUCCAAUCUCUAUUACAUGUAUUAAUAUACUACUAUUACCAUUACUAUUACUUUUAAAAUAAAAAUCUUUAAAACAAU